CCUCGGAGUUCAGAAGAUCGCAUGGCGCGGUGGCAAAACCAGUAAUUUCAAGCACUACUCAGUCCCUUUUCACGAUCUGCCUCACCGCUUCUCAGACUCAUGAGCUCAACCUGCUCCCUCAAGUGGUCACAUUACAGAAGCUCUCUCUCCUCUUUCUGAAACGCGAUGUUGCGAGUGGUAAUGAUAUGAAACCCAGAAUUUGGCGCCGUGUUGGUUAUCUGUGGCUUCUCCAAAAGAUGAAAUAAGGGAUUAAACUAAUUGACAACUCGGGAAUAAAGGGAAUUCGCUUUAUUAUUUAUUAUGGUUUCUAAAGAAUUCUUAUGUGCUCAGUAAGACUUGAUUCAACACCCUGAGGACCAAUAUAGAGGCUAUUUUUGUUGCUUUUCUAGUUUGUUUUCAUUUUAUUUUCCUUUUAGGGUGAUAUUUAGCUAUGACAAUCUUGAUGUUAAAUCUCAUGCUUCGGUGAUACAGCAAUGUUUUCUUUUCUGAGAAAAAGGAAACGUGUAGUGUUAUUCACAAAGGAUGUUUGUUACUGCAUGACAAUUGUCAUGAAGGUGCAAAAGAAGUAUUGAAGAAAUAUGAUGGGAUUUCUUAUGGCGAGAAAUUUUCUACAGCUCUCAUAGUCCAAGCAAAUGUGUAGUUAUUAUAUUCUGGUGGGGUUGGCAAUGAAUCCGUAGAACCAUAUCUUAUAAUUCUCUCUUCCAUGUUCAGAUGUGUAAAAUGGUUGGUUCUUGUCUGCUUGGUUUUCUUCUGUGUCAAGAAUUGCUCUGCUGAUGUGGGCCCAAGUUUCACUACUAGCAAUGCAAGUGUGCAAUGUCUUAUUUACAACAGAAAAAAUGUCUUUGUUUUUUGGGCUUAUGGUUGAUAUGCUUGUUGUGAAAUAAAAAGUGUGCUAUAUGCUUUUAUAAUCAUUAAAGCAACCCGCACCAUAGUUUAGUCCCAGAAUCGGGAAAGGUGCACCAUUCAAAAUAGCCAUAAGGACUCUUUACAUUUUCAUAAAAAAAAAUAACAUUCCUUUUGCUAGAUUACAUAGAAAAUAUUACCAUGAAUAGUUCUUUUCCGCUCAACAACUAAAACCAACGAGUCAGCUGAUUUGUUUCCCAGCAAAGCUUUUGCCCAUGACUGCAGUGUCCAUUGUAUUACUUGCAAUUGUAUUUUAAAGCUGGUGGUUUCUCUCUUGUCUGUUUGAUGCUGGUGAAGCUGUAAUUCUCAAUCUCUUCCAGAUUCUAAUUUUUGCAGGGUGAUCUUAUAGUGUUCUUCCUCCGGAUGACUUUGUUACACGUGCAUUGCUGCAGUUGCAGCAUGGAUUAUUGUUCUCUGCUCAGGACACAUUUUCCCAAUUUUCUCCUCCCAAGCUCAGAUAGUCUUGGACAUAAAAUCUAGUUAGAAACAUCUCAAGUAGCCACUGUAUCUAAUACAGGUUGUGGAACUAUUUCUGAUAUUUAAAAGUAGGCUUCGAGACAUAUGGAAGUAAAAGGUGUUCUAAGUUCAAAUGAAGGAAUGAGGCACCGCCCAUUGACCCCACUGAGGGUGUGCAGAGGUCUAAUAUGUUUACUGGUGUUACUUUCAACAGCUUUCGUGAUGCUAGUGUUUUGUGGCUUUCCUGGUGCUGUUAUAUUGCGACUUUUCAGCAUACAUUGCAGCCGAAAAACCACAUCCUUUUUCUUCAGUGCUUGGCUCGCCUUGUGGCCAUUUCUAUUUGAAAAAAUAAACAAUACUAAAGUUGUUUUUUCUGGAGAGAAUGUUCCUGCAAGGGAACGUGUCUUGCUUAUUGCGAAUCACAGGACAGAGGUUGACUGGAUGUACUUCUGGGACCUUGCGUUACGGAAAGAAUGCUUGGGAUAUAUAAAAUAUGUCCUUAAAAGCAGCUUGAUGAAAUUGCCUAUAUUUGGUUGGGGAUUCUACAUUUUGGAGUUCAUCUCAGUGGAGAGGAAGUGGGAAUUUGAUGAACCAAACCUGCGCCAAAUGCUCUCAACUUUUAAGGAUCCUCGAGAUCCUCUAUGGCUUGCCCUUUUCCCAGAAGGCACAGAUUUCACCAACCAGAAAUGCAUUCGGAGUAAAAAAUAUGCUGCUGAAAGAGGCUUACCUAUCCUCAAUAAUGUGCUGCUUCCAAAAACAAAAGGUUUCCAUGCCUGCUUGGAAGAACUAAGGGGCUCUCUGGAUGCAGUCUAUGAUGUGACCAUCGGAUACAAAAAUCGGUGCCCAUCUCUCUUGGAUAACGUCUUUGGGGUUGACCCUUCUGAAGUUCACAUUCAUAUCGAACGAAUUAAGCCAGGCGACAUUCCAACAGUUGAGGAGGAGGUUGCUGAAUGGCUGAUGGGCAGAUUCCAGGUAAAGGAUCAGUUGCUUGGUAAUUUUUAUUCAGAGGGUCAUUUCCCUCAGGAGGGAACAGAAGAUGAUCUCUCUACAAUGAAGUGCAUUGUCAAUUUUUUGUCAGUGAUUAUCUUGACUAGCACAUGCACGUAUUUCACCUUUUCCACAUCCGUUUGGUUCAAAAUUUACGUAUCUUUAGCCUGUACCUAUCUGGCUUCUGCUACCCAUUUCAAUAUUCGCCCCGUGCCUCUUAUUCGCUAUGUAAAAGCCAUGUUUAAUCGCAGAUUCACUAAAUGCUGAACAUGCAUUAUUAUUAAUAUGUACUGCCUUUCAUGAGCGGCAGAGGAAAAAAAAAAAUUUCUUGGCAGUGAAAGUAAUUUCAUCACUUAUUUUAUUUGUUUUUCUACUCUAUUUGGA